UUUUUUCACGAAAAGAAGUCAAAAAGUGAUCAUCACCCCAUCAUCAUCAUCAUCAUCAAAGCACACAGUUCCGCAACAAGCAAACGCUGCAUGGCACUGUUGUGGUAUCUCGUCUUGACACUAUUACGGCAGAGAAGUAGGCAGAGCCAUGAACACGGAAAUUUUUCUGCAGUCACUGAAGCGGCAUGAAGGAAAGUUGUUUGGCCGAGACGAGGAAGUGCAGCAGCUCCAUGCCAUCUUUGAAAAGGCAGUGUCAGAGCCGAGUGUGAACAAUGCCUUUGCUGUCUUUCUGCACGGAUAUUCUGGUAGUGGCAAGUCCAUGCUGAUCACUCAUGCACUUCAACACAAUAUGCCCGAAACGGGCUACUUCGUUUAUGGCAAGUACGACCAGCAGCGCUCUUCAAGGCCAUAUGCGGCACUGACUGAUGCUUGUCAUGACCUGUGUGUGCAAUUGUUGACAAGAGAGAAAAAUGCACACAGAGAAACUGAUUUAAAAUCCAAGCGAGAAAAGGCCAUUGAAGAGUUGGAGGAAACACUAGUCAACGACUUCCUCCUGCUCAGUGAACUCAUUCCCGAACUGGGCACUCUACUACCAGCACUGCAAGCUGCUGCAGGGGGGGCAGUGGUCCCGGGAACGUUCCAAUUCGAUCGGCUCAAAACAGCCCUCAUCAACUUUCUUGCCUCGGUGGCACAAAACAUUCCUAUUGUACUCUUUCUUGAUGACAUUCAAUGGUCUGAUGCUGCCAGCAUUGACAUACUCAGGGGACUCUUGAAACCGGUGGAAGAAUGUACCAGCAAAGUCAAGCUGCUGCUUGUUGGCGCCUACCGAGACAAUGAGCUCACAUCGGGGCACCCCCUUUACGAGCCUGUUUCUACACUGGAGAAAAUGUCAAACGCGUCCAAAAUCCAUGUUUCUGACUUGACACAUCAGAGUUUGAAUCUCUUCAUUGCCAGUUUGCUCAAGUAUGAAGAAACACCAGAUGUGACGCUGCAACUAUCCAAAAAAAUGCAUGAACGUACCCAUGGCAACAUAUUCUUUGUGCUUCAGUUCUUAGAAAUGCUUGUCACCACAGAGAUACUUCAAUUUAGCUUUGUCACCAUGAAGUGGGGAUGGGAUGAAAUAAAACUUCUUGAACAGACAAAUGCUACUGCGAAUGUAACUGAUCUGCUUGUGACCAGACUGCGCAGGCUCCCGCCAGAUACAGCAUUGGCCCUUAUCAUUGCUUCCCAGUUGGGAAACCGAUUUGACGCUAUGAUGGUUGGUUAUAUUCUCAAACAAUGGCAGGAUCACACUGAGGGAAAUUUGGACAAAGACCUUUCUGCUAGUAGAAUUUUGCACUUUGACCCAGGGGAGGCCAAGGAGGAUGAGGGGGAGAAGGAUGAUGAUUCCCUAGCAUUUUUGAAACUUCCAAUCCAAGAAGGGUUCAUCGUGGCCAUGGACAACUUCUCUAGUGGAAGCUGGUAUCGUUUUUUGCAUGAUAAAAUACAAAGUUCCGCGGCAGCCUUGGUCUCCAAUGAAAAACAGAAGAGUGAGCUCAGGAUAAGGCUCGGAACUCUUCUUCUGGAACUCAACAACCGGAUCCAGCGUCAGCAUGAGAAGGAAUCCAAGUUGCAACUGCCUCAGCAAGAGCUUGUGAAUCCACAGGUGACUGUAUCUGCUGUGACCAAGGCAAAGAACAAAGCACGCAAGAAGACUUGGGUCGUGUUGAGCGGUGUUGACUUGCUCAACAUGGAAGUUGACUCCAUCAGUUGCCACAAAAAGAGGCUGGAACUGAUCCGAGCCAACUUAGGUGCUGCCAGGAUUGCCGCUUCCCAGAGUGCCUUCUUCCCUGCAGCUGAUUACAUGUGCCAGGCGCAAUCCUUGAUCAACCACCGUUUGCUUUGGGACCGGUACUAUGAUUUGGCACUUGAGGUCUUCACGUAUGCCUGUGAAAUGGCAUACUGUUGUGGUGAUGCCAAGGAGUGCUUAAAACUCUAUCAGAAAGUCAGAGGUUACAGGAAGUCUCAAGAGGACUCUUGGAAGGCAUCUUAUAUUGCAAUGAAAUCGCUUGGAUCUGAGGCAAGGUAUGCAGAGAGCGCUGAUAUUGCAUUUGAGGUGCUCAAUGAAGCUGGUUUUGUCAUCCCCAUGACUGGGGCUACCCCUGAAGAUGUUGGGAUGGCUUUUGAGAAAAUGCUGAGCGAGCUGUCCAAGGUGACUGAUCAAGAAAUCUUGAGAAUGGAAGAAGAAGCCAUCGAUGAUGUCUCAGCAUUGAUCUGGAACAUUUGCUCGGCUAGUGCGUUGUUUGUCUGGCACGCAAAUAGACCCCUGGAUCACACCUUCAUUUGCUGCAACAUGACCUUGCGCACCUUGAGGCUUGGUCUUAGUGAGUACACCGGACAGUCAUUUGCCCUCCAAGCCAUCUCUUGUGUAGUCAUGAAUCACUUUGAUUUGGCAAAGCGUCUACAUGGUCUAUGGUCGCAUCCUGAAAUUGUGCAACGCUUUACUGGACAUGAGGUAGAAGCGGGAACCAUGGCUGCUGGGAAUGCCUGUUCUGGGCACAUGUUUUGGCCCUUGCCCCGUGUGGCUGAUGGAUUCCUCAAAGGCUACACUUCAGGCAUGAAAACGGGUGCCAUUGAGUGGGCCAUGACAGAUGCUGGAUGUUUCAUGCUAACACAGUUCCUGGCGGGGACUCCAUUACCUGUGUUUGAAACUGAUUGUUGGGUCUUUGUUAGGGAAAUGAAGAAGUAUGGCAAUCGAAUUCAUCGCCCAAUGUGUGAAAUGUACCUUCAAUGUGCACUGAACCUCAUGGGCAAAGCUGAUGGUUCGUCUUUGACAAUACUCAAGGGAGAAGCCACAAAGGAGUACCGUAUGGAGCUCAUCAUGCAAGGCAAAACCCCAGAUGAGUUUCCAGUGAAUGUAGCAUGGUUUGCUCAGUUGAUGCUAUCAUACUAUUUUGAAGACUUUGAAACAGCAGUGGACAUGGCAGUGAGACAUGAAGACUUUGGUGGCUUGGAUUGGCCCUUGGUUUGGUCUGUCUCACAUCCCUACUUUCGCGGUUUGGCAUAUGUGGCAAAAUACCGCUUACUGAAUGCUAGCAAGUCCACCGCUUGCUGUGGUUGGUUCACCAAGCGCAAGGAGGCCACCUUUUACUUCAAGCGGGCAAUGAAGCAACUGGAUAUGCUGAAGCUAUACGCUGAGAAUGGCCUGAUCAAUGCAAUUCACAUGUACAAAAUUCUGCAAGCUGAAGUUGCAUCAGUGUCACCUGGAUCGGAUCCCAAAGAAGUGGUGGGCUUGUAUGGUGAUGCAAUCCGCAGUGCUGCAAGGAGUGGUUUCCGUCAAGAUUCUGCCCUUGCUGCAGAGCGGUUGGGUGUCUAUACAAUGGCUUUUGACAAGGUAACCGCAAAGUUUCGAAUUGAGUCAGCAAUUAGUGACUACACUCAGUGGGGCGCAAGCGCAAAGGCUGAUUUGUUGCGAUCGAAUUAUCCCGAUCUGGAUUUGCCAGAUGAAGAUGAGAUGAGUGCUAGGUCCACAUCUUCAGCAGGCUCCUCGCGUCGCCAUCGAGUUUCUGCUUUCUCAGCAGACUCAAAGCACCAGGCUGUCAACUUGACUGCUGAAAUCUGUGAUUAGUCUUGACACAGCAGAUACCGGUAGCAAGGGGCUCGCUUUGGGGCCGCCCGUCUACAACCAAUUUUUGCUUUUUAUUGAGGUAGGAAAUUUCAAACCAUAAUUCCAUUUUUAUACGCUUUCGCAU